CGGGGACGCGCGGGUAUAUAAAAGCGAGAUUCUCAGCAGACCGUCCAUAACCACUCCAGAGAUACCUUCGUCCACGACCUUCCCAGCAAUUCAAAAUGAAAUUCAUCGUUUUAUCACUGUUGGCAGCAACAUGUUCCGCGGCUCCGCAAAUCUAUCAGACGGUGUUAGGAACUGUGGUCAGUCCCCAGUGGAACCUCCCGGCUGUUAUGAAGAUUCCUGAACCAGGUGUAAAUUUAGGAAUGGUAUUAUCCGCCCCUGCCCCUGUCCCUGUUGUCAAAGCCGCCCCUUCCUUUGCCGUCGUCGAAGCUGCCCCUGUAGCUGUGGUCCCAGUUAGCCCGGUGGUCAAGAGUGCAACCAUUGUAGCUCCUGCUGCGCCUGUGGCAGUUACCCCUGUAGUUAAGAGCGCUGUCCCUGUGACCGUAGUGGCGCCACCUGAGCCCCUCAUGGCCCCUGAACCCCCCAUGCCGUCCCUCAGCGUCCCUCAUGUGGGGGGCCAAUUCCACACUCAAGACGAGGCUGGCCAGUACACCUUCGGCCACUACGGCGGCCCCAACACCCGUGUGGAGAGCAGGGACUCUUUGGGUCGUACCUCCGGCAGCUUCGCUUACGUGGACCCCGAAGGGGACGUCCAGGUGAGGAAGUACGCCGCCGCCCCCGGUUCUGGCUUCAGGGUGGCCGCCUCUGACCUCGUCGAGGACACGCCCGCCGUGGCUCAGGUCAAGUCCGCCCUCGCCCGUGCUCAUCAAGCUGCUAAGUUGGCAGGAAAUCCCGCUGUUACGCUAGUCUAGUCUGAAACUGGCUUAGUCUAGUAUAGCUUUGUGUAUAUAUAUAUUUCAUAACAAUAAAUGUACCAUCUAUGAA